CUUAAUACGAAUGAUAUGGCAUUUGUUUCAGUGGUGGUGAGAUCGACACCGAUAAAUCUCGUUGAUAUGGAGCAAAGCGGUGUCUCGAUAAUAACGUCGAACGGUGUCACGGAAAAUUCUGUGGGGAAGUCGCGAAGUAUCGGCAUCACGCUCAGGUCGAGUUCCAGCAUACAAGCUGCCAAAGAGAAGCUUAAAUCGCCUUGGCUGAGCAACCUGAUGUCUGAAAAUGCGAGUGGAUGGGACACGUUGAUGAUUGGUUUGGCGGAGGUGAUCGGCACCGCGAUCCUGGUUUUUAUAGGAUGCACUGGGUGCAUUGGAAGUAUGGGAUUUACGCCGACCGUGGUGCAAAUCUCCUUAACCUUUGGCCUUGCCGUAAUGAUCGCUAUCCAGUGCAUCGGGCAUAUUAGCGGAGCUCACAUUAAUCCCGCGAUAACGCUGGCCGCGUUGAUUCUAGGGAAAAAAUCUCUGCCCAUGUCCGUGCUCUACAUUGCCGCCCAGUGUUUCGGUUCACUGAUAGGCUACGGUUUGCUGAAGGCGAUGACUCCGGUCGAAUUGAUGUAUGCUACAACGCUUGACGACGCUGACUCGUUCUGCAUGACGGAGAUUCACAAAGGUCUGAGCCCUCUUCAGGGUUUCGUGGCGGAGACGAUCGCUACUGCGAUCCUGGUAUUUUUCGCCUGCGGUCUCUGGGACCAUCGAAACUCCAGCAACACCGACUCGGCGCCCAUAAGAUUCGGGUUGUGCGUCACUGUGCUGUGCUUCGUGUUCAUCCCCUACACGGGGUGCAGUCUAAAUCCCGCCAGAACCCUGGGUCCUGCCAUUUGGAACGGUUACUGGAGCCACCAUUGGAUUUUCUGGUUGGCGCCAUUCAGCGGAGCCGUGAUCGCCUCGCUUUUGUAUCGCUGCUUGUUUCUGCCCAAAAGGAGUCAGGGAUGUUGUCAGAGCACUGGGAACCUCAGUGGUGUAGAGACGUAAACGCGUGAUGACGCAGCGAACAACAUUGCAUUCCGGUGUGGUCCAUGGUUCACAAUUCGAGCGAGAAAUCCUAAUCGUGUUCGCGUUUUAUCGGUAGCGAACCGAUCACUUUGGCGCGCAGGCAGCGAUUUCGAGAAGUGAAACGAGAGGAACGAAAGGUACUCAGUCCGAGUCUCCUUCGAUCUACGGAGACCCACGUGGAUCACCCCCUCCUCCAAUCCCCGAAGAUCAAGAAUAUGCCACGCGAAGAGGACUUCUCGGCUAUAGACUGAUCCCAGAUGAUUCACUUGUGUACAAAGAUUCCAUGUAAAUUUAUUAUCCGCGAAAUUCAGGCGUGGGUUUCAUUUGUGUCAUAGCACGAACAAUGUAAAUUAUUGCGAGCGUCCGAAUUGUCGCUUCUCUUGCCUUCGAACUCGUUAGAAAUUCCUACACCAAUCCUAGGGGACUGUUUUGGAAAAUUCGUUCAACCAUUUCGUUGGACACAUGAAAGUGUCAAAAUUCAUUUACCAAAAUUAAAAAAAGGAGAACUUGCAUGCAAGCAUCAGCUCUUUUGGAAGUGAAUUGGAGUAUCUAAUAAGAGAUGAGCAAAAUUUUAUUUAUAUAACAACGUAUAUCGAUUCGUUCGUCGUUUAGAUAAAUUUUUAUUCGUUCAACAUCAAAUAUAAUUUUAUUCCGUUAAGCGAAUAACCGAGCAAAUGAUAUUGAUGAUGUUCGUAAUUUUAAAUUUGUAUCCAGAUAAAAGUCUUGCCGCUCUUUGCAUCGAAGGGGAGCCAAUGAGUUGCCAAAAAUGAAAAAGUGAUUGCAACUAAUUUAGGCCAGAGAAAUAGUCUAGUGUGCGAUUUGAAAUAAGUUUUAAUUCAUAGUGAUAAUUACAAAACAGGUAUAUUUUUUGUAUACAGAGAAAGUAAUCUCAUAAUUAAAAGAAAUAAGAUAUUGGGCUCUAAUACUUCACCUUUACAAAGGGUGAUUACAAACCAAUCUAAUAUUUCUGAUAUUUCGUAAUUAUAAGAAAUAUAUUUUAUGAUUUUAAACAUUUUUUGAAACUUUAAGGUAUUUCAACGCGAAGACUUAAGAUAAAAUGUUAAUACAAACUCUCAAUUUUUUUCACUGAAGAUACAAAAUAGAAAAUCCAAUACCUUGUUCAAUAUUCCCCAAAAUGGAUCUGCUUUUUGCGAGAUUGUUAAUUAUCCUCUUUAAGAAGCUUUGCUCUAAAGGACUGCUCUUUGUAGCCGGAAGAGUCUAGAGACCGCCCUCUUUGAACGAUAAUUUUCUCAUACAAAACUACAUUGUGUUUGCUGCGGGAAACAUUCCUCUUCUCGGCGCAUUUUUCAUCGUCAGGCGCGGGGAGGGGUGCUCAGGCAGACGUGAAUUCGUCGCUCGUUAGGUUGGUUGUCUUUCCGGGAAACAACGCGGGUGAUCCCUCUGGGCAGCCCAUUCCGCGUGGAAAUUCGAAAUAAUGGAAUUAGCGGCGAGCGCGCGCGUUCAGGAAAUUACCCGAGGCGGUAUCGCUGGUGGAAACUUUUAAUUGCGCUGGCUGCAUGCACACGCGCCCGCGAAAAUGCUGGUGACUGCAGUUACAUGUCGGGCGUUCGUUUGGCCGACUACAACGCUUGGAUCUCUUUUUGACGAUAAUCGUCGGUCUCGAGCCUCGAGUUCGAGGAAAGGCUCGAGGGACGAGUUUCGGAGGCAAGCUUGUGACAACAGAUAUGUAGAAAUAAAUUUCAUACGUUUUAACAA